AUGGCGGGUAGGUUGGACAGCCUGCGCCCCCCACUCCGCCAUACAGUCAGUAUCCCAGUGGCCGUCGUGUUGGAGGGUCGCGUACAAGUGCGUGCUAUGGACGAUUGCAGGCUACGAUCUAGGCGCAGGGCGGCCCGUGCCCUGGCAGAAAAGAGGCGCCGAGGUACCGCCGGCGUCUCCUGCGACGAGGAGUCACCAACCCGCGAGAGGGCGAAGCCGCCCAGGAGGAAGAAGAAGGAACCCAUCUUCGAGGAGGAUGUCAUCGACGGAUUCGCCAUACUCUCCUUCAAGAAUUACGAGGACAUAGAGGUGAGAGAACAAGCAGGCACCCGAUCGAUCCCCCCCUCCCCUCUGCUUCCCUUGGGGGCCCCCCUCUUACAAAUUUACAUUUAA